AAAAAAAAAAAUCUCCCUAAUAAACAAAAAAUUUAGUUAAGUAAAUAAAAAAAAUUAUCUAUAUAUAUAUAUCUUUUUCUUCUUUUUCCCUUAAAAAAAAAACCAAAACAAACCACGAAAAGGAAAUAAUAAAGUAAUAAUGUCAGGUAUUGACAGUAACAUUGGUGGAUUCUUAAGUGAGACCACGGAAAUCGAACAAAGAAUAACCGAUGCUAAAUCGAAUAUUACAAGAAUUCAAGAAUUUCAAGGACAAAUAUUAAAUAGUACUUCAACAUCAACAUCAAACUCUGCAGCCAGAGAAAGAGAAAACAUUAUAGCUAAUACAAGAAAUUUACUUAUAGAAUGUAAAGAUCGUGUUAAAAAAAUUCAAUAUGAAAAUGCUCGUGUUCCUUCAUCGGACCCAAAUUUUGGUAUAAGACAGCAAAGAUAUGAAUAUUUAAGAACAAAGUUGUCUAAUGUAUUAGAAGAAUAUCGUCAAGUUGAAAGUGAUUUUAUGAAACAAACCAAAGAUCGUAUGGCAAGACAAUAUAAAGUUGUGAAUCCAAAUGCAACUCAACAAGAAAUUGAUGAUUAUGUAUCAAAUUCCGAUUCUGAACCAAUAUUUCAACAUGCUAUAUUAAAAACAAAUGAAGCUAAAAAUGCCUUAGAGGAGGUACAAAAACGUCAUGAAGAUAUUAAAAAUAUUGAAAAUACCAUCGCUGAACUUGCUGCUUUAUUUCAAGAAUUACACCUUCAAGUUGAAGCUCAAGAUCAAACUAUUAUCAAUAUUGAACAGAAUGCGGAAGCAAUUGCUGAAAAAACUGAACAAACGACUCAAGAAUUGGGAAAAGCGACUCUUCUUGCAAAAGCUGCAAGGAAGAAGAAAUGGAUUUGUCUUGUAAUUUUUAUUUUAAUAAUUAUCAUCAUCGUAAUUGUUAUAAUAACUCAAUUACCUCAAAUACGUGGUGAUAAUUCACAAUCUAACAAUACUAAUAAAACUGUUACUCCCGCUCUUAGCAAUAGUCCUUCAAGUCCUUCACUUACCUAAAUUAAUUUGUAGAUUAAUUCUUUCAACUUGUGAUCAGUGUGUAUAGUAUAUAGGGUCAAACUCUUUCUUUGAUUUUAAAAUUCAUUU